AUUUUGGGAGGAGGGAUGCACAAAUUGUAGGCAGUCUUUCCCCCUCCCCCACUCUAGUAGGGGGGAAAUCGCACCACGUUUGCCUUACGCAAACACUGACUCAGACCAGUCCUCGGACUCCCCCAUAUCUCUCGCCACCGUCGCGCGCGCUGUUUCCGAAGUCUCCCUGCAUGUUUCCUCAAGACUCGCGCCUCUCUCGGGAAGUUUCCUGUUUGUAAAAGGCAGCCAGGAACACGCCUCGACUAAAUAUAGACGGCAGAAAUAAUACUUUAUCCGUGUACAAGGGUCUCGUGGAGAGAAAGGUGUUUCGGUUGUUGCAGGGGGAGACUUGGCACUCGUGAAUCCUCGAGGGAGUAUCGUAUGAACUUUUUGUCAGCGGUACAGAGGACCUUGCGGAGUCGGCGUCUUUUGUGGUAGUUUCCAGUCGGAGCGAGCGGUGGUUCAGUACUUACUCCCCGAGAUGGAUUCUCUGUCGGCGCGCGAGAACAAGUGCGCUACCGCGCUAUGGUUUCUCUUCUGCAUAGCCUGUUUUAUCACAACGGCUUCUUCUACAUAUAUGUACGGUACCGAGGGAUACCCGAGCGCACAGGGGCACAGACAAAACUUUUGUCCGUACACGGUUAGCAAACAAGUGUCCUGUAUGACCCCUAAUGGCUACGAGUCGUACAUUCAGCGCUACUUCAGAGGAUGCACACCCGGCAGCAUACUUUGCACAGGACCUUCAAGUUACCGCAUCGCGUUCCGUCCCCGGCAGCAGCUGACGUACAAGACUGUGACGGAGCAGCGGUACCGGUGCUGUCCGGGGUUCACCGGGAGGAACUGUGACCAGCGGGUCCAGCAGCAGCACCGCCCCACCUACCUGCCGAACGGCAACGGCAACAACAACCAGCCCGCCCGCCUGCCAGGCGUCACCACCCUGGACGAUCAGCCUGAUUGCUGUGGUCGAGUGGACACCUUGGAGAGAAGACUGUUGGAGAUAGAAGUACAGAUGAAGAACGUAAGCUUCGCUGACCCGGGGGCUGUAUCACGCGGCCCGCCUGGGCCGGAGGGGAUACCCGGGCUUCCUGGAGUAGAGGGCCCGCCCGGUCUGACCGGGCCGCCCGGUCCCCGUGGUGAACCGGGGCUUAGGGGCCAGCCAGGCUUCCCUGGACCACCGGGCCCGCCGGGGGAUAGGGGGCCGCUCGGUCUGCCCGGUCAGGCUGGCCCACAAGGGCCGCCAGGGGAAACCGGUGUCCCCGGCAUACCGGGCUUACCAGGACGUGACGCUGAUCCAUUCUUAGUAGCGACGGGCUUCCCUCCAUUAGCUAACCGGCCAGACCAGGGCUGGACGUACCCUGCUGCAGCAGUAGAAGACGCCGGUGCGCUGGUGGGGGAGGGCGCCCCUGGCCCUGCCGGACCUCCUGGCCCCGCGGGACCGUCCGGACCAGGCGGGCCUCCCGGUCCCUCCGGCCCGGCUGGCACACCGGGCCCCGCCGGCCCGCCCGGUCCGUACGGUCUCCCUGGGAAACCCGGGCCAGCUGGAGAACCUGGUCUACCCGGGGCACCUGGCGUACCUGGCUUGCCCGCCAAUGAAGAAGAGCUCCGCGGCAUGAAGGAACACAUCUGUGCCCUGUACGAGCGGCUGGUGCUGCUGGAGGUCAUGGUGGUCCCAGCAGCCGCACCUCAGGCAGACGCUAUUGGACUUCCCGACUACUGUCGGACCGACGUUGCCCGGCAUCAGUUCCCGCCUACUGGCAAACCUCAAGAUGGCGGAUUCAAACCUCCUACCGACGGGCAGUACGUGCCACCGUUCGGCAGCACGCAGGGCAGCAAGCCUGGCUUUGACGGGUCGCAAACGGCCUGGGAUACGAACCUCAUCCCGGGCGUCACGGGGACGGGCCCGCCGUACGUCGGUGGCCCAGAUUACGGACAGCCAGACUACGGCCAGCCCGAUGGUGGGGAUACAACUGAUUACGGGGUACCGGAUUACAGCGGUACCAAACCGCCGUUCGUCGGACCGGAUUACGGACAGCCGGAUUAUGGACAACCUGAUUAUGGGCAACCGGACAGCGGUACAGACGCACCAGUUGUUGAUGGUACAGACUACGACCAAUCAGAGAACGUCAUACCAGGAAGCACAGAUCACGUGACGCCUGACGAAUCUCAGCCACCGUACGGUGGUCCAGAUUAUGGCCAGCCUGACGGGACAGAUUACGGGCAACCAGAGGAGGGAGGUCCCGAAACAGACUAUGGACAACCCGAAACAGACUAUGGACAACCCGACAUAGACGACGGGCAAACCGUAACAGACUAUGGACAACCCGUAACAGACUAUGGACAACCCGAAACAGACUAUGGACAACCUGAAACCGACUAUGGAAAGCCCGAAACAGACUAUGGACAACCCGAAACAGACUAUGGACAACCUGAAACCGACUAUGGAAAACUGAAACAGACUAUGGUCAACCUGAAACAGAGUAUGGACAACCCGAAACAGACUAUGGACAACCCGAAACAGACCAUGGACAACCGGACACAGACGGAGAACAACCAGAAACCGAUUAUGUGCAACCCGAUGAAAGCAGCACCGACUAUGGACAACCUGAAGUGACAGACGGAGAAGGCGAUUCUGUGGACAUCACCGACGAAAACCAGCCCGAGUAUGGUCAACCAGAUUAUGGUCUACAUGGCGGGGUUGACUACGGCGAGGAUGGAGGUACCGAGCCGCCGUACACUGAUUAUGACGGGUGGCGCCCC